AUGGAGAGUGGUAUUGAGUCCUGUAGGUUCACUGGGUUUUAUGGUUGGGCAGAAAGGAGUAAUAAGCGUUUGUCUUGGCAAUUAUUGAGAAGUUCAUAUACUGCAUCUCAUCUUCUGUGGGUGGUGGGAGGAGUUGCAAGACCGGAUCAGUAUCUUCAUGCAUUUCAGGAAGUUCUUUCUGAUACGGGUUUGAUGGAUAUGGGAUAUAAAGGGUACCCGCUUACUUGGGAUAAUGGGAGGUUGGGAGACGAGUUUGUGGAAGAAAGGUUGGAUAAAGUAGUGAUGUCUCUUACAUGGCAAGAAUUAUUUCCAUGUGCAUGCUUGUUUCAUUGUCUUCAUUCUAGUUCCGAUCAUUUCUCGAUAUUGCUUGACACUGAAGGUGAGGAGGUAGUUGCGAUGCAACGUUCUUAUCAGUUCAGAUUUGAAUCCAUGUGGACGAGGGAAGAGGCUUGCAGAGUGAUAGUGCACUCUAGUUGGGAUCAUAUGGCGGGGGGUGAUGUUGGGGAGGUAUGGUUUGCGAAAGUGGCUGGUUGUACUAAAAGCUUGAUUGAUUGGAGUAAAAGCUCUUUUGGAAAUUUAAAGCAUCAGAGAAGGGAUAUUAUUGCGGCUUUAGAACGGGUUAGUGCUUCCUCUAAUGAGUAUGACAUGGAAUCUGGACGGAUCUUAAAAGCCAAACUAGCUAAAGUGUCCCUGAGGGAGGAGAUGAUGUGGAAACAACGAUCUCGGUAA